AAUACAGGCCCUAUGCAGAUCAUGGCCAUUAAAGAAAGAUGGAAAUGAAAUUUGAAAUACAAAAGAAAGACGCAAAUGCGGUUGCUUGAUGGAAGCAAAAUCGUUUCUUGUUGUUGCGUUCAGUUAAAGCGAGCAAGGGAGGAGCGCGCCAGCGGAGGGGGUCGCCAUGGACUCGCGCUCGCGCUUCGGCUUCCGCUUCUCCUCCGCCGACGUGAGAUCCGAGAGCUCGCUGACGCUGGGAGAGCGGCUCUGCGCGGUGCUCCUGCCAUUCGUCGCCGUCGCCGAGUUCGUCUUCUUCGCCCUCACCGACUGCCUCGCCGACAUCUGCCCAUCCUCCUCCUCCCCCUCCUCCUCCUCCUCGCGCCACCGGAGAGAUCCCUCCGCUUCCUCCUUCCUCCUCACGGCCAGGAAGACCCACCUCCGCCGACGCAUCGGCCCGGGCUGCGUAUCCCUGGGCCUCCGCGAUCUCGCCCAUCUCGCAGACGAGUCCCGAUGCUUCUCGGUGAACGAGGUGGAGGCGCUGUUCGAACUCUACAAGAAGAUCAGCUGCUCCAUCAUUGACGACGGGCUCAUCCACAAGGAGGAACUUCAGCUAGCAUUAUUCAAGACUCCUUCUGGACAGAAUCUUUUUCUUGAUAGGGUUUUUGAUUUGUUUGAUGAAAAGAAAAAUGGAGUAAUAGAGUUUGAUGAGUUUAUUCAUGCUCUUAGUGUCUUCCAUCCAUUGGCACCUGUAGAAGACAAGAUCAACUUUGCAUUUAGGCUGUAUGAUCUGAGACAAACUGGCUUUAUUGAGCGUGAAGAGGUUAUGCAAAUGGUUAUUGCCAUUUUGAUGGAAUCUCGUGUGAAAUUGUCAGAUGACCUUCUGGAGGCUAUCCUAGAUAAGACAUUUGAAGAUGCUGAUACAGAUAGGGAUGGGAAAAUUUGCCAAGAAGAGUGGAAGGAAUUUGUAUUACGCCACCCUAAUCUGUUGAAGAACAUGACUCUACCCUAUCUAAGGGACAUCACAACAGCUUUCCCCAGUUUUGUCUUCAACACUGCGGUUGAAGACUAACAUUGCAAGACAUGUACUUGGUGACAAGUUAGCUGUUGAUUGUGUCAGCAAUUGAAAAUUGGGAUGCUGAGAAACAGAAUAGCCACAUUCACUUACUGAAGGAUCGCCGUCGGUCACUGUUGAUUAAGGAUGGCCAUCUGAAAAUCAUUUUGGAAGCAAACCGAGGCAGCGAUGCCUGUUCAUGACGGCAACUUGGCAAUACCUGUUGCCGGUCUGCAUUGCGUUGUAACUGUACAUACACGAUUGCUUCAGGUCUCAGGAGCACAGGACAGCUGGACAUACAUAUGUGUAAGGAAGUGGAGGCUUCUCAAAUGCCAGCCAGUUUCUUCAAGUGCCUUCCUACAAUAAUAUUCAAUCUUCUGAAUGCUAACAUCUGAUGGUUCAACUAUCCAUUAUUGAAACUAUCGUAAUGCCAACAUGUCGUGCAUGAACCAUGAUUGCUGUAUUUUUUUUUUGUGUGGUGGAAAACCUUUCCGAGACGCAUGAUGUUGGCUGGUGAUAGCUGCAACUAUGAGGCCAAAAUAUUCUGCCAGGUUUUUGUUUUA